AUGCCUACCAUUAGGCAAGGUGAUAAUCCCUACACCUCUCAGCUGUCAAAUUUUGGGGUAGCAUCAAAGAACAGUAAAAUAAAGUUGUUGGUUUUUUUGAAAGAUAAAAAAGGGACUACAGGAACAUAUGGAAAUGCAUACUCUGUUGUUGGUCUCCCACCUUCUUCCUCUUGUGGUUGGCCAAGGCUCAGUGGGAAAUACCUUUUUUGGGUUAAUUCAGUGUGCUUCAAACGUGACAAUUGCACAAAUCCUGCAUGUAGUCUGCUGCAUGUAACAGACCCAUGUGCAUGUACUUUCUCACAUGCAGCCAGCCCCAGUAAGUUACUCCAGUUGUGGGUUUGCCUUCAAAAAGACAUUAGGGUCAUACUGUGGGGCCAUCUUGUCUCACGUGGUAUUUGCACAAUGUCAAGCAUGGAAAUGAUUUCCAUGUGGGAGCUUUUAAAUGUUCAACAUAGGCCCUUAAGGCACUCAUUCAGCGAAGCCCUUAGUAGCAGCGAGAGUGUGCUAUUGUUUAUUUCAGCAAUAACGUGUUAA